CGUCUUAAUGUUGGUACUACUGUUUGUCAAAAAAAAUGCGGGGAUAACUACAAUAUUUCUUCUAACUCCUCAGAAUAAACUUGUUUGAGUUUAAUUCUUGUUUAAAUAUUACAAAUUAAUUAUUUAUACUAUUAUUACGUUAAUACAACAUCAACAUAUUAUAAAAAUAUAGACCAAAAUGUCUUUCAUGAAUCCAGUUGAUAUGGUAGAGGAAGACGCAGCCGAUCUUCAAUUUCCAAAAGUAGAAAACACAAUAAUAAAAGAUGACGAAAAUAUUUACAAAGAUAACGAAAAUGACUACAUUAAACUUGAGCCAAGUGCUGAUACAAAGCACACGGUCAAAUAUUACAAACCGCACACCCCAUCCAUACACAAUGAUCUCGACAUAUCCCACGACCUUUGUGAGGCUUGCAACCAGAUUCUCGAGAUCCCCCAUGUGAGGUGUCCUGAAUGCCUUAUUAACUUAUGCCUGAAUUGCUUUGCGCGUGGCAAAGAAAUCGCUCGGCACCGCAAUACUCAUCACUACAUUAUAAUCCAUGACAAUAUUCAUGUAUUUCCAUGGUCCGAUUGGACUGCCUUUGAAGAGAAGCUCUUCCUGCGUUCGUUACAGCUUUUGGGUUAUGGUAAUUGGGAUGAUAUCGCCAAGGCUAUGCGAACCCGAACACCUGACGAAUGUCGAGCCCAUUACCACGAAUGUUAUUUUGAUGGCAUAUUCCGUAAAUUGCUGGGACUAAGCAAUGAAGUCUAUUUCCCAGAGCGGACUCCUUAUUUGUAUAAAUUCAAAAGCGUAGAUCCCCCUAGACACGAAGCUGACGAUCCUAUAAAUGUCAAAAUUAUGGCAGGCUAUCGUUGUGCACGCGGUGACUUCGACACUCCGUAUGACAACUCGGCGGAGAGUAUAAUUAGUAAUCUGGAGGAUUUGAGCCAGUGGCCAAGUGCUUACAAGUACUGCGCUGAAGAGUUGCAUUGUGCUAUUGUUAAGGCAUACAAUCAUCGUUUAGUCGAACGGCAGCGUAGGUGUAGAAUUAUGCGUGACAAUGGUCUGAUUGUAGCCAGUCGAACGUUGGGGUGGAUAGCAAAGUAUUCUGAGGCACUUGAAUCACAAAACAACGCUGGAAGAUUUCUUGCAUUUAUGCAAAUAACAAAUGGCAUGAAAUUUGAUAUGCUUGUGGAAGCGAUGAGUCAUUUUACCGAAUUGCGUAAAUAUAUUUUCAGGCUCUACGAGUUACGAAAGAACGGUGUUCGUUCGCUCCAUGGGGGGUCAAUAUAUUUUAAACAAUUGAAAAGACGUCAACAAGAAGCUCGAAACAGAAAGAGUGAACGUUUGAAAAACGACUGGAAAACUCUAAUUCCCGAUCCAAACAGUCAAAUACCCGGAGUAUGCAUUAUUCCAAAUAUAUUUUCACCAAAUCCUCGCAAAAAAGCUGCUCCUAUAGAUAUUAUAGGCUUACCGGGUUAUGCAAAACUUACACAAAGUGAACGUGAUCUAUGCAGUGUUGCUCGUAUAAUUCCGGCAGCCUUCAUGAAUUAUAAAACAUUAUUAGUUGCAGAAAAUACUAAAAUUGGGUAUCUUAGAUUGGCAGAUGCUAGACGAUUGAUAAAAAUUGAUGUUAACAAAACACGACAAAUUUACGACUUUUUACUAGAAGAAGGACAUAUUAAUAAACCAACAUGAACUAUAUUUACAAAACAAUGUUGUGUUUUUUAUUAGAAUUAGUUCUUUUUCUUAAAAUAUUUAUGAAACAAAGCAAGGAAACAGUUACCGUGUUGUUACCAUUUAUGUGGUAUCAUCUUAC